CAGCGCACGCCCCACCGGCCUCCCGCGGGCCCGCGGACUCGCCGGCGCGACCCUCAGCGGCCAGGCCGGCCGGCGCCCAGACUUGACGCCUGCACCCUCGGGUGCCGUGCCCUGGGCCAGGCUCGCCGCUGGAACUCACAAUUGGACAAUCGUUUCUUCUCGAAGAAGAGUUUUCCUUUUUAAUUUCCGCCCCCCCCCCCGCUUUUUUUGGUGUUUCUGUUGAAUUUUUUUUUCGAAGAAGAAGGGAAUUUUCGGGGACAGAAGGAAGAACCGCUCACCGGGGGAAUACACAGAGGGGACAAGGGACCGCCGGUGGGAGUCGGAGGCGUUGGGUCCAGGAUGGAUGUGGCAGACCCGCAGCAGCUGGGCAUGUUUACCGAGGGGGAGCUGAUGUCCGUGGGCAUGGACACAUUCAUCCAUCGCAUCGACUCCACCGAGGUCAUCUACCAGCCGCGCCGCAAGCGGGCCAAACUCAUUGGCAAGUACCUGAUGGGGGACCUGCUCGGGGAGGGGUCCUACGGUAAGGUGAAGGAGGUGCUGGACUCAGAGACGCUGUGCCGGCGAGCCGUCAAAAUCCUCAAGAAGAAGAAGUUGCGGAGGAUCCCCAACGGAGAGGCCAACGUGAAGAAGGAGAUCCAACUCCUGAGGCGGCUGCGGCACAAAAACGUCAUCCAGCUGGUGGAUGUGCUGUACAACGAGGAGAAGCAGAAAAUGUAUAUGGUGAUGGAGUACUGUGUGUGUGGCAUGCAGGAGAUGCUCGACAGCGUGCCCGAGAAGCGGUUCCCUGUGUCCCAGGCUCACGGGUACUUCUGCCAGCUGGUAGACGGCCUCGAGUACCUGCACAGCCAGGGCAUCGUUCACAAGGACAUCAAACCGGGCAACCUGCUCCUCACCACUGGUGGCACGCUCAAGAUUUCCGACCUUGGCGUGGCUGAGGCCCUGCACCCAUUUGCCGAGGAUGACACGUGCCGCACAAGCCAGGGCUCCCCGGCGUUCCAGCCGCCCGAGAUUGCCAAUGGCCUGGACACCUUCUCUGGCUUCAAGGUGGACAUCUGGUCGGCCGGGGUCACACUCUACAACAUCACGACAGGGCUGUACCCGUUCGAGGGCGACAACAUCUACAAGUUGUUUGAGAACAUCGGGAAGGGGGACUACACGAUCCCGGGCGACUGUGGGCCCCCACUCUCAGACCUGCUGAAAGCGUGUGCCCGGGCUGAUCCGCUGGUCUCCCUGCCAGGGAUGCUGGAGUGCGAGCCGGCCAGGCGGUUCUCCAUCCAGCAGAUUCGGCAGCACAGCUGGUUCCGAAAGAAGCACCCGCCGACAGAUGAGCUGGUGCCCAUCCCGCCGAGUGCCGACUGCAAGGACCGGUGGCGUGGCAUGACAGUGGUGCCCUACCUGGAGGACCUGCAUGGCUGUGCUGAUGACGGAGACGAGGACAUUUUUGACAUUGAGGAUGACAUCAUCUACACUCAGGACUUCACGGUGCCCGGUGGCGAGGAGGCAGCCGGGGCAGGGCUUAGAGAGGAGAAUGGCACGCGGGAACGUUCUGGAGAGGAAGCUGAGGCCCUAGUGUAGUGCCGCCCUGCUGCCCCUGCCCAGCACCCAGUGGCCAGGCCUCAGCACCAGCUCAGGAGCUGCUGGGCAGCAGGGCCGCCCUUGUAUGCCAGCACUGUCUGUGACAAAACCAGCAGCCGAUGGCCCCAGGAAGGGGAAGCACCCUCAGCGGGCAGACCUUUAUGAGGACCUGCGCAGCUCCUGAGCUAGAGCUUUGGGCCCAGAAUGGUCCCUGGGGGAGGCAGAGCCCAAGCGCCCGACUCUCCUGGGGGGCCUGCUCAGAGACCCGGCCUCCACUAGCCAGCCUGAAGCUGGUGCCACCAGGCCGUGGGGCCCAGAGCCCUGAGCUGUGGCGUCUGCACUGUGUCCCCGGCCCUGAGUCCAAGGCCUAGAGCCUCCGCCCCCUGCGCAGAGUGGGGACGGGGCAUCUGGUCUCAGCGGCACUGAGGCCCUGUAACAGAUGCCUGGGCAUGACCCGCAGAGGCAGCCUGCUGUCCUGGUAAGGGACAGGCCAGGGCCCUGCCAGGCCCACAGCGCCCUGCCACUUGUAGGCAGGGACCUGGGCUGGCUCGCAGGCACUGCAGGCCUGUGUGAGGCCAAGGGCUGCCCUUCCUGGGAGGGGUGGCUCUCCAGCCUGGUAGCGUCUCCCGCACCAGAAGUGGCACAGUCCUGCCCUGAGACCGGCAACUACUUCUCUCUGACCUGCCUGAGGAUCAGGGGCAGCUGUGCUGGGCAGAGACCCCUCCCACUGUGGUCCUGAUUUGGGUCCCGGUUAGUUCCCAGCUGCUGGCCCUUGAUCUUCCUGGGUGGCCACACACCUGAGAGCUGGGCACUGGGUUUGGGGCUGGUAGAGGGUGAUUGGUGGUCAAUGACCCACGUGUCUUGAGGGCCAGCUAGUAGGGUGUGUUCAGGGCCUGCUGAUUGCCCUGCCAAGCUGGGCUGGUGUCUGGGCCGGGGCACCUGUGCAGAGCCGCCACCCCUGGUGCACCAGUGGCUGCUCCCCCGUGUGGGCAGGGUGCCUAACCCCAUGAGCUCUUCAGCACGAGCCUGUGGGCAGUGAGGAGGUCUGACCUAAGACGCUGUCUGUGCACACACCAGUGGCUCUCAGCAAUUUCCAGAAGCUGCUGAGUCAGACACUGGACACCCUUGGCCGAGAGGGCAGUUUCCUGCUGAUGUCUGCGGGAGGGAGGGCUCUGCUGGGUCCCUGGCAUGCCGUCCUCUCCCUUGCUUGGGGAGGGCAGGAACAUGGCCGGCUGUUGUGGGAGAGACACUGGCUCAUGUGCCCAGCCGAGCCCAGCCCCUAUGGGCCCUGCGGGGCGCAGGUGAGUGGUUGAGCUCAGGGCCUGCACCCCAGACCCCAGGUCCCUCCCUGGGUGCUGGGUGGAGGGUAAGCCUGCCAGAAGGACCCGGUGGCACAGGAAGCAUGGCCUGGAAGCAGGGCAGCUUGGGGUUUCUGGUCCUGACCCUCAAUCAGUCCACGCUUGCCCUUCCCC